AGAGCAUUAAUUCAAUAACCAAUUGUCCCCGUGAAUUCAUGGGGUCGCAUUAUUGUGCAGAACAAAUUUUUUUCUUUUUUUGAAGGUGUAGUACAAUUUUUGACCAUGUAGGCAUGUACUACUAGAGCCAAAAUAUUGCAUUGGAUGACUUUGCAUCGGUGCUGUGCACCGACAUGUAACGGGGGUGUGAGCCCAAGUGGAUUUGGUUGUUAAGUUUGUGAACAUCAUCAUUGACAUCACACCGUGCUUAAUUGCUAGAUCGAUAUAUACUACUCCAGUACAUGAAAGGCAAGAUCAUUUCGGGGUCAAAAUCUUCAGGUAUUUCUUCCUUCCCGGCUUUGGUGCGUUUUUUGCUCGAGAAUUGUUUUAGUUAGUUUGGAGAGAUCUUCCUGUUCAGGGAGAAAAUGUCAAAUAUCACGAAACUCUAUACAGUGGAGGAAGCUUCAAAACAUAAUACAAAACAGGAUUGUUGGCUCAUCCUUGAUGGGAAGGUCUAUAAUGUGACAAAGUACUUGGAUGACCAUCCUGGUGGUGACGAUGUUCUUGUCAAUGCAACAGGACGAGAUGCAAUCGAAGAUUUUGAUUUUGUGGGACACAGCAAAAGUGCAAGAGAACUAAUGGAUACUUAUUUGAUUGGGGAACUAGAUCCAUCUUCAAUUCCACAACAAGAAGAUAAAGCUACUACAACCAGACAUCAGCAGCAAAAAGAUCAAGUCACUCAAAAGUCCCAAGAUUCAUCAGCUUUCAACUACUGGUUCAUUUCUCUAGUCAUACUUGUCAUUUCUGUGAUAGCAGGGGGUUAUCUGUAUUUCCCCAGUAAAGAUCAAUGAGUGUUUAGACAAUGCCAGUUAUUAAUUAUUAUCAUUUCCAAUUUAUGUAUCCAAAAUCCGAAGUGAUCUCAUCUGGGUUCAUCUAAUAACAAACAAACUGAAAUACCAUUAAACUAA